AUGGCCCUCGAGAUCGAGCCAGCCAACCCAUCCGACGCCUCCCAGUUCACGGAAGUCUUCCUGGCCGCCUUCUCCGAUGACUUCAACAGAACAAUGUUCCCGGCCACGCCCGAUGUGCGCGAAUGGUUGACCAAGGACUUUAGCGAGAGCAUUGCGCGCUCGCUUGCAGAGUCCAGCCAUGAGGUCUAUUUGAAAGUGACGGACCCGUCGCACGGCAAGCUCGUGGCGUUCGCGAAGUGGAAGCGUCCCGUGCCGGCUGCCAAUCUCGAUCGGCACGAUGACAGUCACACGGCUGGCGGGGAGGCGGCGUGGCCCAAGAGUAGUGACACGGCUCUUUGUGGGCGGUUUUUCUCGGAGAUGGAUGCGCAACAUCAGAGCUGGAUGGGUGGAAGACUUCAUUUCUAUCUAGAUAUACUCGCCGUCCACCCCUCCCACCAAGGCCGUGGACUAGCAUCUAAGCUCCUCAAAUGGGGCUUGGUACAGGCAGACGACCAGGGAGUGGAAACUUAUCUCACUGGGUCUCCGUCGGGCAAACCCAUGUAUAUCAAGUAUGCGUUUGAGGUUGUUGGUUCCUUUAUGCCGGUGCCUGGCCAUGAACAUGUCUGUAUGAUACGGUCUGCGAGGGGGAAAGAGGGUCUGGAGCAGAGAUAG